UUCCACACAUUUCCCUUUAAAUUCCAGUUACCGGAGAGCUCUCUGCCGUGUUCCUUUGAGAGCAAGAGUGGCACAAUUCGCUAUUACAUCAAGGUGACAGUGGACAUUCCCUACGCGUCUCCGCCUCAGGGGAUGAAGUACUUCACCAUCAUAGGUCCUCACAUCGACUGUAUGGACGAACAGUACCUGAAGCCUAUGGUGGGACAUGACAAGAGAGCGCUGUGCUGUCUGUGCUGCAAGCGUGGCCCCGUCUCUCUGCGGACCCAGCUAGAGCGCACAGCUUACGUCUGUGGGGAGAGUAUCAAGCUUAAGGCGGACAUUGAUAACCAGAGCGAGGAGGAGAUCAGACUCAAGCUUAAGCUCGUCCAGUAUGUGGAGUACUUCCUGGACCGGGGAGUACUGGGGGUGACCAAGGACGUGCAGCACCCGGUACUGGAGUACACCGGGGACCCGGUAGCCCCAGGUACCAGAUGGAAGUUCGACUCCUCUCAGAGCCUGGUGGUACCCGUUAUGCCCCCGACACUCAUCGGUGUGUGCAGACUCCUGCAGAUCUACUACGUUCUCAAGGUGAACAUCUUGAUGAGCAAAUCUGGGGAGGAUCUCCACAUGCACUUCCCUUUAACCAUCGCCACCGUCCCAUUCCGUAUCCCAAACUCCCAGCAGCAGCCCCACAUCACCUACAGCGUGUGCUGCGACCACGUGGAAGGCGGCCUGUACAUCGGACCAGAGUUCCAGCUUGGCCAGGUGUACGACGGCGGGAUGGACAACAACCCGGAGUCCGUGCUGCUGUACAGACCGGUGUACGCCUGUAUCCCCAACCCCAAGCUGAGCCACACUCCGGCAGCCCGCGCCAGACUCAUGGUGGAGCAGCCGGAAGGGGGCAGCAUGAGGGCGGGCAGUGUGGGCGCCAGCUCCAGAGGUGUGAGGACUGCCAGCAUGAGUGCGGGCACUAAGGCCAGUGUUGGAGGGAGUACGAGAGGAGGGAGUGUUAGUGGCACCACCAGGACUGCCAGCAUGAGUGUUGGGGGCGGGAGAGCGGCGGUGGCUAAGAGGAGAGGCAAGAGAAUGUCGGCGCACGACCCCGCUGAUAAGACCUCCACCAUGUGAUUCAUGAACAAUGGAUGUUGCUUUAUCUUUGGUGGUGUAUAUUGGUGGAGGUUGACCGUGGUGGUGCAUGUGUUGGUGAUAGAGGGGUGGUUGUGUUUUGAGUUGGUGAAGGUGGAGGUGUUUGUCAGGCCGGAGGGUGGCAGGUAUGACCUAAUUAUGACCUAAUUAGCCAUUCUCUGGCCGGCAGCCGCACUACAGACCGAGUCAGCACAGAGUAGUGUAUAUAGAUAUAUAUAUCCCUCAUCUGGAUAGUUAUUGUGACCUUGUGUGUUAUCUGUUGACAAGCUGGUGAGAGUAACUUGGGUUAUGAAGGCGGUGACAACUUUUCAGAUAACUUAUUGCAAAACUAAAUUUGCUCACUUAACAACGCAUACCCUUGGGGAAGGAAAAAAAUAUAAGGUUAAGAUAAAGUUCAACCGGCGGUUCUUCUGUGAGUACAGAUAAAGGACGUUGGGAAAACAUUUAACUCUGGCAAAAAGUCAUCAAUCACACGUGUCCACUCACGAAACCUGUCCAUCAUUCUCCGAUCAUGGUGGCUUAAUCUGUAUUUAUUAAAGAGUUCACUAUCUUUUUUUGGUGGAGGGGAGAGCCUGCCAGGAUAUGUGGGUGGAGGAAGAACUUCCUCGUAUGUGUAGGGUAGAAUGGAGGGACUUUCGCAGAUCUGUAGGUUGAGAGAUAUCGUCACCUGGUGUGUUGAAGGAUGAGCCUAUUCAUCAUAAGAAGAGCGGAAAGCCUAGUCAUCAUCAUAAGAGCAGAAAGCCUAAUCAUCAUCAUAAGAGCAGAAAGCCUAGUCAUGUUUCAAAUCUCAUAGGUGAACAAUAACAAAAAGGGAACGUAAUAUAAUUAUGAGGAGAGCAGUAAGUCAAUGGCCAGUAACACAAACCAAGGCGUGCAUGACUGAGAAGUUCCAGAGUACCGGGAAGAAUUAACCUGGCCUUAAAGAAUUCCUGGGGGUGAUCUUAGAGCAUAUUCGAGUUGUCUGGGCGUUUAAGAAACGUCUCUGGGGGAUAAGCUUAUGACAUGGCAGAAGUGACGUCAAUAUAGGUAGACGUCAUAUGGCAGAAGUGACGUCUACCUAUCAAGGCGAUGGGUAGACGUAGAUAAAUGCUGCAGAGAAGAGACAACGGUGGAAUGUGUGAGUCAAUGUAGCUGCAAGGACUAAGAUAUACUCACAGCUGGUGAUGGUGAUGGUGAGGGGCCAGUCACAGCUGGUGGUGGUGAUGGUGAGGCCAGUCACAGCUGGUGGUGGU